UUCGCGUGCUACUCGUACGUGUACCAGGUACGCUCCACGCCAAACAAAUCCACGCCCGGGAAUCAUCCCACCUGAUUUCACACACCCAUCAUUGCUGCUCUGCUGAGACCCGGAAUUUUUGAGGAAGGCUGACCAGGGAUCAAGUAUAGCAAUUCUCUGCCACCCAGGUUCUUUUUGGAAAAGGCAAGGAUGGCGUCAGCAGCAUUCGCAUGUUGCCUGCUGAGCUGCUUUGCCUCGAGGCUGGCGCCACCAUCGCAUCACGAUAACGCCUGUGCCCGCCGCUCACUACGGCCAACAGCGCUGCACUACGCCCGCCACGAAUGGUCCGCUCCAACUCUGUCGAAGCCGCUACCAACGAGUCCAAGGUGGAGCAGCAGCAGCAGCAGCAGCAGCAGCAGCGGCAGCAAGAUUGUCCAUGCCUGUUUGGCCAACGGCAGCGGGGACGGCAGCACGCGGUUGGGCUACGGCCGACGACGCCGGGAUUCAACGCGCUUGAUGGGCCUCCGCAAGCCACGCGGUCCAGACGGUUCUCGUAGCAGCGGCGAAAAUCCAGACCCAGAAGAGGAGGACAAUGAGGGCGGGUCUAUGAGGGAGAGGAUGGUGUCAUACGCGAUGCCGGCGUCCAAGCGGAGACCCCCGGAGGAAGAUGACAUCUGGAGCAAGCACUCCGUCUUCGAGUUCAAAAGCCUGAACGACCCCGACACGAAUGCUUGCGGCUACAAGGGCCUCAGCGGUCAACCGACCUCGUCUCCACGGAGGACCCGCUCCUCGCAAGCACCGGCUCCAGCACGACGUCUCACCUCCAGCCAACAACCGGGAGCCUUCUUCGAUGGUGUCGCAGACCUGAAGGAAGCAGAGCGACCAACAGAAACGGACGCCACCUUUGAUGCCGAUUUUUUCGCGUUCAGGGAGAAGGACCUUCUCGCGAGCGUGAAACGGCGGCGUGAAAUGGAGCGACGCCGGCGUAGCGCGGGUGGCGGUGCUGGGGGCGGCAAAGGGAGUGCGGUUAAGGUUGAGCUGGCGACGCAGCUGGGCCUGCCCGCGAGUUCCACUUACGACGAGGACUGGACUCAACAGGGGUUCGCGGAUGUAUUUACGGUGGCUUUCCACCCCGAAAUCCCCGGGUUUCCGGGAUGGUCUGUUGGGCCUGAUCGUUCCACUCCGAACAAGCAAGGCACCAUCCGUAGCCUGUGAUGCCGGGGGGCGGGUUGUUUCGCCCUGGUCAGAUUCAGGCUUUUUUUGACGUUCUCAAGAUUUGCUGGUGAAACGACGGUGGUAUAUAUGCCGUGGGGCUUCACCUUUAGGGACAAGUUCACGGGGGAGUGAUUGGAAGAAGGCGCUCGGCACACCCUAAACACACAAAUUUUUAUCCCGCUACAAAACUGUCGUCUUUUCAUUAAUCAGCCGGUUAGCGCGGUGCAUGCAAAUUAAGGAGCGCGAGUAUUUCAGACGCAUUCUAAAGGAGGAAGAGUCAGAAAUUGGCAUUUAUUUUAUUUGGCUAAUUACGAAAACACGUCUCUUGUGGACAGAAUCGCCCCACCACACGCCGCAUAUGUCGCCCAAACCCGCCCGCACACAAACACGCAUGCCCACGCUCACACUUGCACGCAUUGCGCACCGGCGGCCACACACCUUUGGUUGCCUCUUGUGCUUGGCAGCUUCGCACCGCCUACCGGGUGGAGAUCAAGCGAUGCCACCCGGAUCUUGCUGGGGACAACGAGUUCCGAGUCAAGUUCCUCGAGCGAAAGUUCCAGAAGCUCCAGGGUUGCUGGGACAUGUUCAACGCCGAGCGUACGGCCGAUUCCACAGCUACCGCAGCGGAGACGGAAGGUUUCGCCAGUACCCAGGAGUGCCGGUCGCGGGCUAGAGCGAGCGCGAAGCGGGUGGAUUGGGAGCGGCAGGCGGCAGCAUCGGCAGCAGCGGCAGUGGCCGGGCGCAGCGGAAGGCCGGUCAUGGACCCGGAUCGGAAAGUUAUGGACCCUGGGAACACCAGCUCUUGUUGAUUUUUUGUCGUUGGUUGGCUGUGUGUGUGUGCUCAGCACAAGAUGUGCUUAAAAGAGCAGCGGUGUGCGACGCUGGGGCGAACUCCAUGCCUGGAAGCAGUGACUUUAGACUUCGGCAUGUUGAACAUGUCUUCCUCGAAGCAUGUUAAUUGUGAAAUUGGAAACUAGUUUUUUAUUGCGUGUUGGAGCUGCUACCGAGGUUGUAUUUUCUUUUUGCUGUUUUAUUGUCUGUGCUCGUUUCGAGAGGUGGUGCGAGACCAAGCAUGAGCCUGUAGCAAUAGCAACAGCAGCAGCAAAAGAAUGGGUCUGUCGACGCUUGAGUCUGUCGGUGAAAUGGACGGGUCAUGAGGCCGAGCAGCCUUUUAUUUAUUGAUGUCAAGGGUGAAGUUGUGGAUGCUGGUACAUGGGGUUAGCGAGUUCAAGACACGGGACACGCCCUGGUGUUUUGUUUUUGUCUUGUUUGGGCUCACGUAGCAGGGGUCGGCCUGCUGAGCGUUGUUGAAAUGUUCAUACAUAGUUUGCUCUUCUUCUGUUUGGUCUUAUCCGGCCGAAUGUCAUGGGUCGGGCGGACCCGAGUGGGCUAGUUUGGGGGCGGGUAAUUUUUAAUUUUUUGCCUACAGGAGUUCUUGUGAUUGUGCAUAAAUCACUGCGGAUACUCUCGCGCUCUUUGUGGCCUUUCGUUCGAAUGAUCCAGGGCCUGCGUAAUGUCUACGGCAAGGGAAUCGUGCCCGGUGUUAGCACUCACUCCCGAGUACUUCACACGAGGCGUGGCUGGAACUUUUUUGUUGAGCCCCCCCCCCGGUUUGUUCAAAUUCAAGUUUUUUGCAGAAUGCUAAACCCUGAGGAAAGAUCUCCCGCCGAAGACGAAGAUCUUCCGCCUAAGACAAA